AUGGUCGAUAGAGAAAAUCUCGUAGACGAGUCUAUGCAGCUCAAAGGUGAAAACUCCUAUUAUGCAUCAAAUGUGCCGGAAGAAUCAAAGCUUCCAGACGACAAAAGAAUUACAUCAGGAGGCACCCCUCUUUUAAUCGGUACAGAUCAGCCACAUCAAUUACAGAAAAGAAUAAUUCCAAUAACUGCCUAUUCAUGGAAUGAUGACAAUGCUAAUAAAAAAGUGGCUGUAUACAUAGAAUUUCCAGAAAGCGUGAACCCUUCACAAAUUCACUGUGAUUAUCAGAUCAGAUCUCUUGUGAUGAGCUAUAAUUAUUCUGACACUGAAAUAAAGAGGCUCACAAUCCCUAGGCUGAACAGAGAGAUCAAUCCCGCUGAAAGCACCUUCAAAGUAAGGAAGAAUAAAGUGAUUUUGUAUCUCAAAAAGGCUAAGGACGAAAACUGGCCACUAUUGGAAUUCCGUAAUUAA